AUGGCAAUCACAACUGUUAAGCACGAUGUCUCUCGUGAUGUCCUUGCUAUCUCUACCAACCCUAGACUCUCAACAAAAUCUACAAAUUCGAUCCCAAAGGAAGUUGUCAAGCUUCCAAUCACUCUAGAUGCAUCUCACAUUGUGGAGGCUGCGAAAUCUCAAUAUUUGGAGCACUUGGAUCCUGAGUUAGCUAAGAUGGUGGACAUCGAAGUAAUUCUCGAUUUCUGUUGGCUACUUGUAGUGCAUUGUUUCUCUCCUGUUAGAGCUAUGUACCUCAGAUUUGACGCUGGGUCAAAUGCUUGCUAUAUUGAUGACACACUUCAGCCAGGAACCGAUUCCCAUGUUAUUGAAUUUGCCGGGGAGCGUCAGCUAAAAGAUGUUGUUUUCAACUUCUGUCGUGUGAAGGCUGGCUUAAGAACAAUUGAUGCAGACAGCGGACCAGCACCAGAUAAGCAGAAUAAUUUCCUCACCUCUGCCAUCCGCUAUACUAGUGGCCCUCUAGUUUCGCACAAGGCUAGCUUAAUGAUCCCCGAGCCAAAGUUGAUGCUGAACGUGUCAAGCGAAAAUGGCACACUGUACACAAGCCUUACUUUCUCUUCGCCUGAGAUUUCUAAACACUUCGCUACAAGUCUUCUCCACAGCUUCAACAAAGCAGUCGCUUCGAUACACCAAUCUCCCGAAAUCACUUUGGAAACCCUGAACUUAUGUUCUGACCUUGAUCUCAUUCUCUUGCAAAAGUUUACAAAGGAGGUUUCAGACUCCAACGAGGUCCUGCUACAUGAUAUGGCGCUUGAGCACGCCCGACUGAACCCCGACGCUCCUGCCAUUUGUUCGUGGGAUGGAAACCUAACUUACAGAGAGUUAGAUGAUCUCACAUCUCGACUCGCUCUCUGUUUGACUGGCAAAGGUGUUGGUCCGGAGACAUUCGUACUCAGCUGUUUUGAGAAAUCAACCUGGGCCAUUGUUGCUCGCCUGGCAAUUUUGAAAGCUGGCGGUGCGUACAUUUCCAUCGAUGCUAGUGAUCCUCCCAUCUUCCUUGACUCGGUUGUCAGUCGUGUGGAAGCUAAGAUCAUGCUCACGUCCCCUGAAUAUGUGUCAAAAUUCACUUCUCUCGUGCCAAACGUGAUAUCAAUCUCUGGAAAUAUGCUCAAAGACCUCCCUAAGGCUAGUGGAGUGGUGUGUCCCUCUGUGCAACCCGGAAAUGCCUGCUUGAUUCUAUUCACAAGUGGAUCCACGGGAGCGCCUAAGGGUAUCAUUCAAGAACAUAGAUCUUACGCCACAGCGAUCAAGGACUACAAUAAGGUUUUCGGCCUGGACCGCCAUAGCCGCGUGUUCCAGUUUGAUGAUUAUGCUUUUGAUAUCAGCAACAAUGACUACCUUACAGCCUUGGCUGCUGGUGGCUGCUGCUGUGUUCCCACACCAGAGAAAACACUUCGCGCUAUGAUCUCAAAUAUUAACAGCAUGAAGGCUAACAUGAGUUUCAUGACCCCAACGAUCGCUAUGCAGCUCGGUCCCCACGAUGUUCCAUCGCUGAAGCUACUCUGCGUAGGCGGCGAACCCAUGUCAAAUGAUUUGCUCAUGAAAUGGGGACCCCAUGUGAAGCUUGCUAACCAGUACGGGAUGGGUGAGGCCGCUACUUUCUGCGCCUACAACGAUAAUCCCAAAGCAGGCCGUAAUGCCAUCGUGGGUAAGUCCGGUAGCGGUGCAAUUUGGAUUGCUAACCCUUCCUGCCCUGAUCGGCCCGUUCCCGUGGGCGUUGUUGGCGAGAUCUUGAUUGAAGGGCCUCAUCUCUCCCGUGGGUACUUGGAUGAUGUCUGCCAGAAGCCUGGUGUGGGUUUCCUGAGUCAAGUUCCCCAGUGGAUUGCUGAUCUUCAUCCGUCGCGAGCCUCAACCUCUCGGAUCUAUCGGUCUGGUGAUCUCGGUCGAUACCAUCACGAUGGCACAGUGGAGCACAUGGGCCGAAAGGAUACGUUGCUAAAACUGAACGGUAGCCGUGUAGAGUCGACUGAAGUCGAGUAUGUCCUUCGAAAGACACUCUCGCCAGGAGAUUUUGUCAUCGUUGACAUGCUCGGCGAGGUUGAUGGCGUCGAUGACCCCAUCUUGGUGGCUUUUGUUUAUCUUGCUGAAAACCCAACAAAUUUGGUCGCCAGUAUCCCUGACCAAGAAAUGACAUUCCUUCCAAUUACCAGUCGUGUCCGAGUACAUGAAUUGAUGAAUUCAAUGCAAUCCGAAGUCAAGAACACCCUGCCAAUACAUAUGAUGCCUAGCUUGUUUCUUCUUGUUGACCGAAUACCUCGCACAAGGUCAAACAAGCUUGAUCGCCGAAAGCUGCAUCAAAUUGCUCAAAAAUGGUAUAUGAAAAAGUGA